AGCUUCGACAUGUCGACCACGGGUCCCAUAAGUAAUUAUUAUGUGGACUCCUUGAUCAACCAUGAGAAUGAGGAUGUCCUUGCUGCUACUCGGUUUUCGGCUGCCGGUUCGCACCCAACCGGCCCUCGUCCGACGUCCCUAGUACCGGAGUGCGCUGACUAUCCUUCCUGCAGCUUCGCACCCAAGCCACCCGUCUUCUCCACGUCCUGGGCCCCAGUACACUCCCAGUCAUCAGUGGUUUACCAUCCAUACAGUCAUCAGCCUCACUUAGGCACAGACUCGAGGUAUAUGCGGUCUUGGCUGGAGCCGAUAUCGGGCGCCGUGCCUUUCCACGGCUAUCCGGGGAACGGCAGGCACUAUGGGCUGAAGCCCGAUGCCUUUCAGGAGCACAGAACCGGUGAAUGUCUCAGCUCCAGCGGACGAACCUACUCGGAUUAUCUAUACUGCUCAUCCACUGACGUUCGAGACAAGACGCAGCAGAAUAUCCCUUCUCCCGAGUCGGAACUCCUGGCUUCAGGGAAGCAUAAAGAGGAAAAACCGGAGCUAGAUCCGAAUAACCCAGUGGCAAAUUGGAUACAUGCCCGCUCCACAAGGAAGAAACGAUGUCCGUACACAAAGUACCAGACUCUCGAACUGGAAAAGGAGUUUUUGUUCAAUAUGUACCUUACAAGAGACCGCCGAUACGAGGUCGCUAGGGUACUGAAUCUGACCGAGAGGCAGGUCAAAAUCUGGUUUCAGAACCGGCGAAUGAAGAUGAAGAAAAUGAACAAAGAAAAGACCGAAAGCAAAGAACAAUAAUGUGGACUGCAGUGAGAAAACAACUAUAAGAAACCACUAGUCACAUGGACAGCACAGAUGUACCAAAACCCACGAUGACACCCCCUCCCCACUUCCUUGUCAUUUUUAUCACUUUGUUUGAUUUUGUAUUAACCCUAACUUCCAGACUGUUUUAUGCUGAUUAUUAUUUUCUAGCGCACAGUGAAAGCAUUUUGCAUUUAAGAAAAAAGGAAGAAAGAAGAAAAAGGUAUUUGGGGGGGAAUAACAUUCUGUUUCACUUCAAUGUUUUUUGUAAGAGAAAUUAAAGAAGCGCAAUUUGGAUUGGAAAAAACCAUCCGAAGAAAGGCUAUACUUGAAUUCUUUUAAAUUUCAUGAAACCAUAAUUUAUGAUGUAAAUGUUUUCUUUUGUGUUUAUUUACUUUGUACCCUCUUGCGCAGGUGGAGUAUUUUGUACAGGAAAAAGAGCAUCUGCGAACGACUUGUCUGUCUUGUAUUUUGUGAUAGUUGUUGCUGUAUUUGUGCUUUUUUUCUCAUGAAUGUAGCCUACG